GCUGUGCCUCUCUGGUGCCGCAGUAGUGGAUGAAGCGAUGAAGAUGAUGAUGGCGGAGCUUUAAAUCAGUUUGGUGGAAACACCACAGAGGAGCUGCUCAGAGUUACCUGACGACGGGAACAUUCUCUCAUAACAAGGGCAUCGGCCUCGCUCUCCAGCUGCCAGCAUGAUGAAAGACUGCCUGCAGUUCCUUAUUGAACCGGCCAAAAAGCUCAAAAUCCGGCUCAAGGAGUCUCGUAAGAGAGUUAAACUCGACAAAAAGGAGCCUCUGGUGGAAAGUCAGUUAUUUAUUAUGGAGCUGGCUCGAGAACUCAACAGAAUUUGCCAGAGGUCGAACGUCCUCGGCCACAUCUGGACCAGCGAGGACAUCUGGCCAGCAAGUGUGUGCCGGGAUUUUAUCGUUGAAUGGGCUGCUGUGCUGGAGAAGAAAGUACAGUCGAAGAUCAUCCCAUCUGACUACCAGUAUGAGAAGCCAGAGAAGAAGGACUGGAAGGGACACCUCCUCUGCAUGCUGGAGUCUGGGGGCGAGUACGAUAUGGGACCCUACAAAAGGGUCAUCAUGGAUUGGACACGUGACAUUAAAAGCCGGCCUCAGCCCACCGUGUGGCCAGGGGAGCCGGUGCUCAUGAUGCUGGACGACCUGGAGUUCCAGUGGAAGAGGGGCCGCCUGCCCAACCUGCUCCCAGCCAUGGAGCUCGUCAUACUGGCUGUGAUGAAUGCUGACAGCCCCAUAAAGGAGGAUGUGACGAAGCAGUGGCUGGUGAAAAAGCAGAGGAACCAGAGAGUUGACGCUGCCCGCUACAUCCCCCACAGUGUGUGGAAUUGGAUUUGCGAUGCAGCAGAGGACGUCACCCUGGACUCAGAAUCUGCCCACCCAGACCUGCUCAUCUCCGGUGAUGAAAAGCGUGUGAGGUGCGGCCUGGAGCGCCGUGACGUGCAGCGGAGCCAGCAGCGCUUUGAUGGCUGGUGGUGUGCUGUGGGUCAGGAGGGCUACGUCUCUGGACGCCACUACUGGGAGGUGGACGUGGGGGAGAGGGACUGGAGGCUGGGCGUGGCCAAAGCAUCUGCCAUGAGGCAAGGCUUCCGCUCACUCAACACCGAUACAGGCUACCUGACCCUCCGUCUGGAGAGAGGCACAGAUCUGAAAGCCCUGACUGUGCCCACUACCCCCUUACAACAGAGCCUGGUGCCCAGGAAAGUUGGAGUGUAUCUGGACUAUGAACAGGGCCAGCUGUCCUUCUACGAUGUGGAGAAGCGCUCACACCUCUUCACCUACAAUGAGAAGUUCACGGAGGAACUGUAUCCAGUGUUUGGGACUGUGGAGGUGGUCAAAGACCUGGUGAUCAGGCCUGCAGAUGUCAGACAGCCGUGCCUCUGCCCCGGGCCCUGCCUCUGGACCUGAACUGCUUAACACUCCGAUCACUCUUCAGUCCUGAUGCUCAGCAGCUCAUCGAGUCUGCACUUUUAGUCUAGUGAAUUUCAAUGUUGUGGACUAAAAGUCUGACUCUCUCUGUGAGUUGCUUCGAGAGAUCUGGAACAAGAACCGCCAUUUUUUUCUGCAUUACACUUUCUGUUACUCUGCCUUCAUGGAGACGUACAGUAUUUGACUAUUUGUACUUAAAAGAUGAAUGUUUUAAUAUUGUCAGGUGGAAACCUCAAAAACAGCCUCGUUUCAGCUGUUUUUUCACACUGUCCAAUAUGAGAUGUAUGAUAUGAGAUGUAGAAAUCCAAAACUUAAGUUGGAAGACUUUCAUGCCACACAAUGAUAUGGAAAUGUAAUUUUUUAUUACAGUUUUUUAUUACUUGUAGAUGAAAAACAGAUUUCACAAAUGCAAUAUUGUGAAAGCGCUGUGAAGGAUGUGUGACCAGCAAUGUAGAGCCUGAGUGCACUCAAACAGGCAGAUGAGUACAGACUGGCCGACGCAUGUCAAUAGUUAACUCCUACUCUGAUUCUUUGUCUCAAGCUUCCUGCAAACAUUUGUCAGGCAUGAGCUCGUUUCUGCAGCUGUGUUUGUGUUUGUGUGUGACAUAUAAAGAUGGCAACGCUUCUGUUUUCUUCAAACAUGAAUAAAUUAACUGCAAACGCUC